UGGCUCGCUGGCUGCUGCUGCUGCUGCUUCUCUUUUUUUUCCGGGUCCCGAGCCAUUCCGGAUGCUCUAGGCCGCCGGAUGUCUGAUCUCCGGAUAGCUGAGGCGUUUCUGUACAUGGAUUAUCUGUGUUUUCGAGCACUUUGCUGCAAGGGACCACCGCCCGCCCGCCCUGAAUAUGAUGUGGUUUGCAUAGGUCUCACGGGCUCUGGGAAGAGCAGUCUGUUGUCCAAGCUCUGCUGCGAAAGCCCGGACAAUGUCGUGUCAACCACAGGUUUUAGUAUCAAGGCAGUACCACUCCAGAGUGCCAUCUUGAAUGUAAAAGAACUUGGAGGGGCUGACAAUAUCCGGAAAUACUGGAGCCGAUACUACCAAGGGUCUCAAGGAGUAAUAUUCGUCUUAGACAGUGCCUCUUCAGAGGAUGACCUAGAGACGGCUAGAAAUGAACUCCACUCUGCUCUUCAACACCCACAGUUAUGCACUUUACCCUUUUUAAUAUUGGCCAAUCAUCAGGACAAGCCAGCAGCCCGCUCAGUACAAGAGAUCAAGAAGUAUUUUGAACUUGAACCACUCGCACGUGGAAAACGCUGGAUUCUGCAGCCCUGCUCGCUAGAUGACAUGAACGCUCUGAAAGACAGCUUCUCCCAGCUCAUAAACUUGUUAGAAGAAAGGGACCUCGAGGCACUGAGGAUGUGAGCCCUGGCACAAACG